AUGUCCACCCUCACCCACCUAAAACGGGCCCUACACUCCAUCGCCCCCCCAUCCCACCCCCUCACCAACACCCAAUACACCACAGGCCACGACCUCCUGACCCAAUCCCACGGCCGCCAAAACCACACCGCCUUCAUAAUCCCCCAGCUCACAAGCCUGCUGGAGCGACACUGGGGAUCGCGAGAGCAGGUCCGGGUGCUGGAGAUUGGGCCAGGCCCGGACAGUGUACUUGCGCGUGUUGGCGGGCGCGUGAGGCGGAAGAUAGCUGGGUAUACUGCGUUUGAGCCGAAUACUGAGUUUGCGGAGAUGUUGGAGGGGCGGCUGGGUUGUUCGUUGUGCGAUGUCAGUACUACCACUGAGAUUGCACCGGCGCUGGCGUUUCCGAAUCUUGUGGGCGCGCUGGAUGUGCGAUGGGUGCCGUUUGGGGUAGACGGUGAAGUGCAGGAUGGGGCCAGCAAGUACGAUCUCGUGUUGUUUUGCCACAGCAUGUAUGGCAUGAAGCCCAGACGAGCGUAUAUUGAACGCGCACUGGGUAUGCUGGAUGUGCAAGGUUUGGUGGUUGUGUUUCAUCGCGAUGGCACGUUGGAAUUUGAUGGCUUGGUGUGCCAUGAGACGGCCACUUUUCCAAACGGCCGUGUCUGCGUGGAGGAUAACGACGAGGCGGUGGAUUCGUUCGCUGCGUUUGUUGCGGGAGGGACGACGGACGACAAGGCUAGCUGGCGCAGAGUAUGCCGCAAGUUGUGUCGCCGGGAGAAUUCUCAUCUUGAGUUCAGCGCGCCCGAAGUCAUGAUAGCUUUCAACCGGCACGCCACUGCGCUGAUGGAUCUCCCAGUAGAUGUGGCGGCAGGGAAAGACCGAACGAUCAAGAAUAGACAGGCGAGACUUCACCAUCCUGCUGCUAUAGUGAAGCCUAAAACGGUUCGAGAGGUUCAAAAUGCCUUGCGUCGAAUGUCAUCGCGGUGGACAUGA